UGUGUCCACAUUCGGGAAUUGUAAUUGUCGCUUCCAUAUGGCUGCAGCUGUACCCAAAAACGAGGACGCCGACGCUCGCAAGGUGAUGGACAUCAUGUUCACCAAGGGAGUAAGCGAAGCGGAAAAGUUUCUCGACACUGUCAUACCGAAAGAUGUGGAAAGCAGUCCUAAACUACACUGUGCUAAGGGCUAUGUCUGGUUUGUGAAAGCUCUCAUGACUUGGGAUGAAGAUGUGAUUGAAGGUACCAUACACGAAGUGAAGAACGUAGAGGAGAAAGUCAUCGCCUUGGCCAAGGGCAAAAAGAAACUGAAGCCAUCUGCUGUUGAACAACUCGUCUAUCAGAUCAUUGAAGGCGACUGCACUCUCAUUCGAGGAAUUCUGACAUUUACGAAGAUGACACUGAAAGGAUACGUGAAGGCUGGUUUUCUGUUGCGUUCGGCGUCUAAGAUCUAUGAGAAAUGUCACAAAGCCGUGGAGAGGUUGAUUGCUGACAGACAACCUAGUGCUGCCUCUAUGGAAACGGUUGCAGUCGGCGGUCCUAACUUUAAUGAUCUCAAAGCAAGUGUAGACUUAGGGUUCGGGCUUGUCAAUCUCAUCAUGUCUCUGAUGCCCGAUAAAAUCAUGACGUUUAUCAAACUACUUGGUUUUGGAGCAGACAAGGCGGCAGCACUGGAUGCAUUGCAGUGUUGCAGUUCAAGUGGCGACAUGAGAUCGCCCAUUGCAAAACUUGUACUUCUCUGGUACCAUUCUGUUUCUCGAGCAACUCUUGGUCUCGACGGAUUUAACUUGAAAGCAGGUAUUUCUGAUUCUCAGAGGAUUAUGAGAGAGGCUGGUGAUGCCUAUACAACUUCGCCUCUUUUUCUUUAUUUCAAGGGACGUAUUGAGUAUCUUAAGAAAGACACUGAGCAGGCUCUCAGAUAUUUCAAAGAGUCGGUUGAGUUGUCUGGCGAUCAACGAGAAGUGAAGCACGUUAACAUGUAUGAGUUAGGAUUUAUUCAUAUUACGCGUUUAGAGUGGAAGAACGCUGCAGACGCUUUUUAUAUGUUGAAGACUGAAACCCGAUGGUCGAUUGGCUACUACACGUAUAUUUAUGCAUUGUGUCUUGCUGCUGAUGGUAACGUGACUGCGGCAAAUGCCGAGCUUCAGAGCAUCCCGUCUGUCGUCAGGAACAAGAAGUCGAAUUAUGAGAAAUUUGUGUUGAGACGGUCUGCUAUGUGCAAGAGCAAUCCUCUGAAGCAGCACGAAGGAGUUCUUUAUGCUCUUCAGCUUGCAUACGAAUGGAAUCAGCUCUCCUAUCUACAGGCACCGCAAUGCCACAAGUUGCUGUCUGCCGUCAAAGCACUUCAUGCUCACACGACCAGUGAUCCGUACAUGGAAGCAGUAAGCCUUGGUCUUCAGGGUGCCAUCUUGAUGCAGACAGGCGAUCUCAAGGAAGCAGAAUCGAAUUUCAGAGCCGUUCUCGAAAGAGCUUAUCCGUGUAUUGCUAAGAAAGAGCUGCAGGUGCCGGCGUAUGCUACGAUGGAGAUCGGUCUGAUAUACGUGCGUAGGAACGAGUACGAGAAAGCAAAGAAUGCAUUCAACAAGGCCAAAAAUGCUUACAACGACUACGAGGUUGAAACCAGACUACUUGCUAAGACCCACGCAAUGCUGCUAUACUUGAAGCAACUGAAACAAAAGGAAUCUGAGACAUCAUCUCGGGUCCACACCACAGAGCAAUCCAGUGUUCCACCUAAUGGAAUAGCCUUACCCCCACCUGCCACGACAGACACACAACAUGCUGCUAGGUCAAGCAGCAAGGACAUCCGAGCAGCUCUCGAGGAAGUCGAAAGCGAGCAGAACGGUCAGUCUGUUGUCAACCAACAAGCAACUAUUGGUGAAUCAGAUGGAAAGCAAAGUGGUCAAAUAGCAUCCGAAAGAGAGGACACUGUUACGAAGAUCCAAGGCAGAGGAACAGAUACAAUCAAUAGGGGAGAUUGUGAUGAUGCCAGUUAUCAGAAUGGUCGCUCAUCUAGCCCUUCUGAACGUUCGAAUGAAGUUGCUGGGGCAAGGAAUGGUGACCAUCUCGAUGAAGACUUUACUGAUAAAUAGAUGGACAUGUUGACUGAUGUCUGAUCAUGUGAUUGUCUGUGAUUGUAAUCGAUUUGUUGGUGUUGAGUUUGUUGAAAAAAUUGAAUAUUUUUGGAGUAUGUGAUUGUGGUAAAUAUAUGAAAGUAUGGAGAUAAAAAUGGUUGCAAAAUGCUACAAAUAAAUAGAAGCGCUC